AUGGCGCAAGAUCCCCGACUACUCCUUCAAAAGGCCGAGAAAGCGGCGUCAGGGGCCACUGGCGGCUUCAGCUUUUUCGGUGGCCGCACCGAGAAGUGGGAGAACGCAGCAGACUUGUACACACAAGCGGCUAACGCCUUCCGAGUACAGAAACAAAAUCAUGAAGCAGGCCAGGCUUUUGAACGCGCCGCCGCAAUCCAGACCAACAAUCUCUCCGAGCCCGACGACGCCGCCAACACACUAAGCGAGGCUUUUAAGGUCUACCGCAAAGAAUCGCCGAGCGAUGCCGCCCGCGUCCUCUCUCAAGCCAUCACCCACUACACAUCCAAGGGCAACUUCCGACGCGCUGCCACGCAUCAACAGAACCUAGCCGAAGUUUACGAGAAUGAGAUUGGCGACCAGAAGAAAGCCCUCGAGGCAUACGAGACAGCAGCGGGGUGGUUUGAGAGCGAUAACGCCGAGGCCCUGGCGAGUAAGCUGUAUUUGAAGGUCGGUGAUCUGGCGGCACUGGAGGGCGACUACUCGCGCGCCUGCGACAAGUUCGAGUCGGUUGCGCGGGCGUCACUCCAGAAUAAUCUGAUGAGAUGGUCGGUCAAAGAGUACCUGCUCAAAGCGGGCAUUUGCCACCUGGCAGCCGGUGAUCUGGUGGCUACGAAACGGGCGCUGGAGCAGUACAAGGAGUGGGACAACAGUUUCGUGCAGCAGCGCGAGUGUAUGCUCCUGGAGGAUCUAACGCAUGCCGUCGAGGAGGGUGACCAGGAUGGGUUCAGCGAGAAGCUGUUUCAGUACGACCAGAUGAGUAAGCUAGACAAGUGGAAGACGGGUUUGCUGUUGCGAGUCAAGGGCAGUAUCGAAAAGGAGGAGGAGGACUUCUCGUGA